AUGUCUUUAGGAUCACUGGCAGGAUGGCAAUCUACCCUGUUUAGUGCUCUUUCGUUCACGAACCUUAUAUCGUAUCUUCAGACCGAUAUACAAAUAAAUGUGGUCAUCUCAAUACUACUAAGUUCCGCUAUCUUCUUUAAUUUCGAAUAUACAGAUGGAAGCGUGAUAGCGGCGCUCGCCGUCUUGGAGACCCCAACCUCCAUCAACGCUUCAAACCCCCAGCAAGUCGAUAUUUCCAAGGUUGACAAAGUUGAAGACGACCAUGUGGACCAGAGUGAUGUUACAUCAAGAGAUAGAUCAGAAGAUGCAAGGCAGCUCCUCUCGAGUCUGAGGCAGACCUUGCUCUGUGAUAUUAUACCUUGUCUCGGUGCUGGUCUCUUCAUGUGCGCCGGUCUCUACCUCAUAUCGCUCUUUGGCUUCAUUGGCCCUGACUUGAACAAAACGCAUGCUAUGUCCACGUUUGUCGUCUCGGGACACUUGACGAUGAAGACAAUAUUCUCUAUCACACCCAGCUCUAAUGCUGUCACCAACCAACGAAGCCUUGCUCGUCAGCAUUUACGAAGUCAAAAAGGAUUCCGGUCAAUUUAUCCUGGGCUCAAUGUCUUCUUGAUAUAUAACCUUGUGACAGUUUUGAUCACUAUCCUGGCAAGGCCGAUUUUUGCAGAAGGACACAACCUUUUUGUCACAAUGUUUUUCAGGUUAAGUUUCGGGCUUCUUUUAACAAAUCUGCAUACGGCUUGGGUUCACGCCGUUAUUUCGAAGCCUAGCAAGAAAUCGAUGUGGCAGAGACUUCCUGGCUGGCGAGAGUGGAUCGCGAUAAUCCCAGCAGCAUCUCUGGAUAUAGUCCUGCCACACUGUGUCUACCAUUUGACGAAGAGAUUUGGGGUAUCCAUAGGUUACCAGGCUUUUGGAGAAGCUCAUUUCUCGCAGGAAAACCUCGGAAGCCUCGCUUUUCUUAUAAUUGCGGUUGUAUUUGAAUACUUUGCCUCGAUUUUCACACGAGCUACAUAUAUCAGGGUUGCGGCGUCAAUGCUACCCAACGAUGAUGAAUCCGUUGUACCGUUCGACCGCAGCUUUGGAGGCCGAGUCGGAAACAAUGAGACACAUUGUCUUACCAUCAUUGAUGCGUUCAGGACUAUGGCAUUGCUGAACUGGUAUCGUUAUCUGAAAAUUGUCUGGGAAGUGCUUUACUACGAGCAUAUUGGGAUAGUGUUCUCUGGCAUUGCCAUCGCCAUCCAGACGACCUUUUGGGUAUAA